AUGUCGACGGUGGCCGGAUUGCCCAAGUAUGUGGUGCUGAAGUCCAAGAACGACGGGAAGUACCUUCACUACCUCUGGAACGACGAGUUCGGCGCCUACUACAAGGACCUGGGAUGCAAGCGCGACGUUGACCCGGUCAACCCGUUCGUGAAAUUCGAGGUUGUCCCUUCCACCGCCGACCCGACCCUCGUCCACCUCCGCUGCUCCUACAACAACAAGUUCCUCCAGCUCGUCAGCCUGGACGGCCUGCGGUGGAUCUCCGCCACCGCCGCCACCGCAGACGAGGACAAGACCAAGGACACCUCCACCCUGUUCCAGCCCAUCUUCCCGCCCGGCGAGCCCAACACCGUCGGGUUCCUCCACGUGCAGUCCCAGUGCCACCUCAGGACCUUCUUCAACAAGGAGUACAGCGACGAGAUCAACCACGUCGCCUGUGUCUACACCAACGACGGCAGUGGGUUCCACCGCUACGAGUUCGUGGCGUGGGAGUCGUACGAGGACAAGAUGAAGAAGAAGGACGAGGAGAUCGAGAAGCUGAAGGCCGGCGACGGAGAGAGCCUCACCGCCGACGCUAUAGUCGCGGAGCUGAGGAAGGAUAUAGCCGAGCAGAACGCGCAGCUGGAUGCUGCCUACAAGGAGAUCGAUGAAAAGGAUAAGUUGAUUGCGGCCUUGAAAGCAGCCGCCGCCGCCGCCGGCAAGUGA